AUGAAUGUACUGGUAAGGUUUCCGCUGCCACCGGUGAUUAUAAAUCGGCGAAACAGAAUUCCAGUCUCCAGAGCUAAGCGGAUCGAAUCAUCGUCGCUCAUGGAUCAGCCGAAGAAGGUCAUUGUCUGCGGCGGGGGAGUGAUAGGUGUAUGCACUGCUUACUUUCUGGCCGAGAAGGGAGCCGCCGUCACGCUCAUCGAGAUGUCCGACGUGGCAUGCGCCGCUUCUGGAAAAGCCGGCGGAUUCCUCGCCUACGACUGGUGCGACGGAGGACCGUUGGAGGAGCUAGCUCGCGUGAGCUUCAAUCUCCACCGUUCACUCUCGGAAGAACUAGACGGUCCUCGAUCGUACGGUUACAGAGCCCUCACCACUCUGAGUCUCACCGUAAGGGAAUCCGAGCGCUCUUCUGCUUCAAGGUCCCUGCCUUCUUGGAUCGACGGGCCAGCUCGUAGUCCUAAAACGAUUGGAACCCCCGAAACGACGGCGCAGGUGCACCCGCAGCUUUUCACUCGCACGCUCAUUGAUAGAGCCGUGGAGAAGUAUGGUGUGAAGGUGGAGAUUGCGAAAUUGGAACGGGUGGAGGUGGAAGAAGGACGUGUUGGAUCAGUGGUACUGGAAGGAGGGCGAGCGUUGGAAGCGGACGCCGUAGUGUUGGCAGUGGGCCCUUGGUCCAGUAAGUUAGGUUUGCUAUCAUCGCUGUUUAGAGUUUAUGGGCUUAAGGCCCAUAGUAUUGUUUUGGAGCCCAGAGACGGCAGUUCCAUAACCCCGCAUGCUCUCUUUCUGAGUUAUUAUUCCUCCGGAGGAAGAGGAGGAGCUCUUGACCCUGAAGUGUACCCUCGGCCCACAGGGGAGGUGUAUGUGUGUGGGAUGUCGAAGGAGGAAGAGGUGCCGGAUGAUCCUGCGGAGAUAAGGGGAAACCCUGAAUCGAUUGCGAUGCUUAAGAGAGUGGCUAAGACUGUGUCGAGCCAUCUUGGGGAAGGAGAGGGUGGUGUGAAGGCAGAGCAAGCAUGCUUCUUGCCCUGCACUGAUGAUGGGAUACCCGUAAUAGGAGAGGUUCCAGGGGUGAAGGGCUGUUACGUUGCCACAGGGCACAAUUGUUGGGGUAUUCUCAAUGGUCCUGCCACUGGAGCUGCACUUGCUCAGCUUCUUCUUCAUGGACACUCCACCAUUGUUGAUCUUAAGCGCUUUAGUCCCUCCAGAUUCCUUCUGCCCACAAAUCCUUAGAUGCUAUUACAGGAUCACUGUUUUCAACUCAUCUAAAUUUUAUCAUCAAAUAUGUACAUGUAACUCCAUGUAAAACAAUGAAAACAUUUCUCAAGUAUCACUCCUCCUAUACA